AGCAGCAGGAGGAGGAGGAAAGAGAAGAGAAGCCGCUGAGGGAGGGAGAGAGGAGAGGAGCGGAGAGCUAGUCAGGUUUAGUCCAGCGCUACUCUUUUUUGUUGGAUAUUUAGCUUUAUUUUUAUACUUUUAAACACCCGAUAGUGUCAGAAAGGAUCUCCGGAGAGCGAGUCGGAAAGCCGGUGAGAGGGUUUUGAGGGGAAAAUGGCCGCGGCGGGCGCUGCGGCCUGCGGCUCGUCCGAAUCCUCGGACUGGAUUUUGGUCAGAGACGGGCGGCUGCGCUGCGACGAGGAGGGCCUGCGGAGCCUCUCCUACCACCCGGCCCUCAACGCCAUCCUGGCCGUGACUAGCCGCGGGAGUAUCAAAGUCAUCGACGGCACUUCUGGAGCCAUAUUACAAGCCUCCGUGCUGCAUGCGAAGCCCGGGGGCCGUGUGAGGUGUCAGUACUUCCCGGCGGUGGAUAAGGUUCUGUUUGUGGACGAUUACGCAGUGGGAUGCAGGAAGGACCUGAACGGAAUUCUGCUCCUGGACACGGCUCUUCAGGCUCCUGUGUCCAAACCGGAGGACAUGGUCCAGCUGGAGCUCCCGGUCACAGAGGCUCAGCAGAUGCUGUACGCGUGCCUGGAGAAGGUGGACAUUUCGAACACGGAGGGUUACGAUCUCUUCCUCACGCAGCUGAAAGAAGGCCUGAAAAAUACCUCACACGAGACGGCAGCCAAUCACAAAGUGGCCAAGUGGGCGACGGUGACGUUCCAUCUCCCCCACCACGUGUUAAAGCUGGUGGCGAGUGCCAUAGUGAACGAGCUGAAGAAGCUGAACCAGAACAUCGCUGCUCUGUCUGUCGCCUCCUCCGUCAUGGACAGACUCUCCUACCUCUUACCCAGCGCCAGGCCGGAGCUCGGGGUCGGCCCGGGGCGCUCCGUAGACAGGUCUUUGAUGUACAGCGAGGCGAACAGGAGAGAGACGUUCACGUCGUGGCCUCACGCCGGGUACAGGUGGGCUCAACCGGACCCCAUGGCCCAGGCCGGCUUCUACCACCAGCCUGCGUCUACAGGAGACGACCGGGCCAUGUGCUUCACCUGCAGCGUGUGUCUGGUCUGCUGGGAGCCUACUGAUGAGCCAUGGUCCGAGCACGAGCGCCACUCGCCCAACUGCCCGUUCGUCAAGGGAGAACACACCCAGAACGUUCCUCUGUCCGUCACCCUGGCGACAAGCCCCGCCCAGUUCCCCAGCUCCGACUGCUCCGAUAAGAUCUCCUGCUACGGCUUCGGCAGCUGCCCGCACUUCCUAGCCACGGCCACCAAGAGAGGCAAGAUCUGCGUCUGGGACGUGUCCAAGCUCAUGAAGGUGCAUUUAAAGUUCGAGGUGAACCCGUAUGACCCGGCCAUCCUCAGGCAGCUGAUCCUGUCAGGAAGUGAACAGCAGAGUGUGUCUGGUUCUGAUUCUCGCAGACCCACACUGGCCUGGUUAGAGGACGCGUCCAGCUGCUCCGACAUCCCCAAGCUGGAGGGGGACAGUGAUGAUCAGUUAGAGGACUCGGACAGUGAAGAACAAUCCAGAUCCGAGUCCGUCACAGGGCCGCUGGGUCCGAAGGAGAGCAUGGAGGUGAGCGUGGGAGUGACGGCUCUGAGCGUUCUCCAGCAGCCUGAGAAGCUCCAGUGGGAGGUGGUGGCCAGCGUUCUGGAGGACACAGUUAAAGACCUGGAGGAACUGGGAGCGAACCAUUCUCACGCUCUCGGUCCCUCCAAAGUGGACAAACCCGUCAAGGACAAACCCGUCGAGCAGCACAACAUUCCCUUCCCAUGCUUGCUGGCCGGAGGUUUACUGAGCUACCGUUCGGCCGCCAGUUCCCCCAUCAUGGCCCCGUCCCAAUCCCAUCGCCCCCUGGAAAACCCCCUAAGGACUCCAACUCCGGCCCCUGAGGGUCUUUCACCCGAUCAAGGGCCAAUGGAGAUUGAAACUUGCACCUUCCCCUCUGAUCUGGGUUCUCCGGGUGCGCUGGUGCGCCGGACGCUCCCGGUUCUCCUGCUCUACAGCAUCAAAGAGGCGGACGAGAAGUCUCCCGGGAAAGUUUUCUCCCAAAUGAACAAUCUGAUGGGAAAAGGGCUGCACGAGGAAGGCUUCACCGUUCCUCAGAUUAUCGAGAUGGAGUUCGAUACACACGAGCAGCUUCUGCUCCAGGACCCGCCCGUCACGUACAUCCAGCAGUUCGCGGACGCGGCGGUCACGUUAGACGGCGACAAGUGGAACUCGCCGAGACCGGGUACGUUAGUGCAAUGCCUUCGCCUCCCUAAAUCCCUAGAGGACGAGAACCUUUACGUGGACUCGAUCACUCCCUGCAGCGACGGCGCUCACCUGCUCGUCGUCCUGCAGCCCUUCUCUGUCGAAUCGCUCAACGCUAUUAACCAAGUGGAGGCGCUGAAUACGCUAAACCGCCUGCAUUCGGCUCUGUGUAGAAGUCGGAAAGGACAGACGAUAGCUAACGGACAUCAGGGACACGCCAGCACCUCGCAGAGCCAAACGCCGCUCAUCCUGCCUCCUUUAGAGCAGCUGGAGCAGCCGCACUCCUCCAGGCCACUAGGGGGCGGCGGAGGAGGCGGAUAUUUGGCGCUCUACAAGCUGAACUACUCCACGCGCAUCGUCACGCUCGAGGAGGAACCCGUGAAGGUCCAGCAGAUCCGAGACCCGAGAGACGCCAUCACGUCGCUGCUCCUGCUCCCGCCGGACGUGCUGGACGCGAGGGAGGACGACGCAGAGGAGACGUCCGAGGAGUCCACUCCGAUGGGGGUGAAAAACGGUGCCGGGACGGGAAUUCCGGCUCCGGCGGGAUCGGGGAAGGAAAAGAGGUCCGACGUGACCGGACUGGGCCACUUGGUGGUCACGACGCAAGCGGGAUACGUGAUGAUCCUGGAUCUGUCCACUCUGGAGGUGCUGGCCAAAGUGGAACCGUCUAAGAAAGAAGGGAUGGAGGAGGUGGAUCCCUUCGUCUCCGUCACUUACUGUUCCGGCACGGAUCGCCUGUGUGCCUGCACUAGAGGUGGAGAGCUUCAUUUCCUUCAAAUUGGAGGUGUGUGUGACGAUAUUGAUGACGCCGACAUUUUUGUCGAUGGCCCCGUUUCUAAAGGGGUCGAGCAGCUACUGGAGGGAGCGAAACCCUCGUCUAAUCCAUCGAGCCCCGGCAUCACAGGAGUUGACCUCCUGGUGGAGCAGCCCCUGAGCGUGGAGACGCUGUCCUCGCUGGUGGAGCUGACGCGCUUCGAGACGUUAACGCCGCGCUUCUCGGCCACGGUGCCGCCCUGCUGGGUGGAGGUGCAGCAGGAGCAGCAGCAGAGACGCCACCCUCAACACCUCCACCAGCAGCACCACGGAGACGCCGCACAGCACACACGCACCUGGAAACUGCAGAGCGACAGCACCAGCUGGGACGAGCACGUGUUCGAGCUGGUCCUGCCCAAAGCCUGCAUGGUGGGACACGUGGACUUCAAGUUUGUGCUCAACGCCAGUAUCACCAACAUUCCUCAGAUCCAGGUCACGCUGCUGAAGAACAAAGCGCCCGGCCUCGGAAAGGGCAGCGAGUCAGCAGUAGACCGUCAGAUCGUCUUCCCUCUGUCUCACUCGCUGCAGACGAACGGCGAGAGGAACGGCCAGCCUCUACUGCACGACUUCACCGACGACAUCCAGUUCAUGGACAUCGAGGAGACCGGGGGAUCCAGACUGUGUCCGUUCCUGGAGGACCAUAAAGAGGACAUCCUGUGUGGCCCCGUGUGGUUGGCCAGCGGUCUCGAUCUUUCGGGUCACGCCGGGAUGCUGAGCCUCACCAGCCCCAAACUCGUUAAAGGCAUGGCAGGAGGAAAGUACCGAUCGUUCCUGGUCCAUAUAAAGGCGGUGUGUGAGAAGGGACCGGAGGAAAGUCCACGCCGAAUCGUGCGCAUGCCUCACACCAAACCACAGUGCAGCAACAAAACACACUCCCUUUCCUCCCUGCUCCAGAAAGCCCAGGCAUCCAAGGAAAAGGCCUCCACGUCCAAAUCAGAUCCUCAGGUGGCCUCUAAAAAGCCGGAUAACCUGCGGGGCUGUGACCUGCUGCUGGAGGUCUCCAUCACCAUCAGGAGGUUUAAGAAGACGUCCAUUCCCAAAGAAAGAGUACAGCGGUGUGCGAUGCUGCAGUUCCCUGAUCUUCAGGAGAGGCUGCUGUCAGCUCUGUGUGAGCGCAGUGAGGAGAACUCGCCCUCAGAACACGGCCAGAGCCUCAUCCUCGACGUGCUCUGCUGGCUGGCCGGGGUUUACACUAACGGACCCUGCAGCCUUAAAGAAGGGAAGGAGGGGCUUCAGGCCAAAACCAGGAAACGUCUGGGUGAUAUCGUCCGCGUGUGUUUUUUCCAAGCGGGACGCAGCAUCGCUCACAAAUGCGCACGCUUUCUCGCACUUUGUAUAAGUAAUGGUAAAGGGGAGGUGAAUCAGCAGGGUUUCGGUCAGGCGCUCUUAAAGGCCCUGCUGGAUAACAUGCCUUAUUUACCUGCUGCAGCUACUGGAGGUUCUGUGUACUGGUACUUUGUGCUGUUAAACUAUGUGAAAGAUGAAGACUUGGCGAGCUGCAGUACGGCCUGCGCGUCUCUCCUAACGGCGGCGUCACGGCAGCUUCAGGAGCGUCUCACGCCGCUAGAGGCUCUGCUACAGACCAGGUACGGCCUGUACGGCUCCCCGUUCGACCCGGUUCUUUUUGAUCUGGAGGUGAGCGGAUCUUCCUGUAAGAACUCGUACAGCAGCAGCAUCGGAGUUCAAUCAGACGAGAUCGACCUGUCUGACAUUCUCUCAGGGAACGGUAAAGUGAGUGGUUGCGGUGCUGCUGAAGGCAGCUUCACGUCCCUCACCGGCCUGCUGGAGGUAGAACCUUUGCACUUUACCUGCGUGUCCACCAGCGACGGAACCCGAGUGGAGAGGGACGAUGCAAGUAUGUUCACUGUGAGCACGUUCGGGGUGACCCCCAGCGUGGCGGGGUUGUCAGGGAGCGCGGUGGGAGAAGCGUCUACAGCGCUGAGCUCGGCUGCGCAGGUGGCUCUGCAGUCGCUCUCUCACGCCAUGGUGUCUGCAGAACAACAGCUGCAGGUCCUGCAGGAGAAACAGCAACAACUGCUCAAACUGCAGCAACAGAAGGCCAAGCUGGAGGCGAAGCUCCACCAGACGUCGUCAGUGGCGGUGCAGCCUCACGGCUCCGUGGUGUCAAACUCAUCCGGAGCUCCCGGCUUCUUCAUCCAUCCCAGUGACGUGAUCCCGCCCACUCCCAAAACCACGCCCCUCUUCAUGACUCCACCCCUAACUCCGCCCAACGAGGCAGUGAGUGCCGCCAUCGGGGCCGAACUCGCACAGCUGUUCCCCAACAACAUCAUUGACCCGACUCCGCCCACUACACACACACACAGCAAGAACGCACACAAGACCAAACCGAACCCGAUGGGCAGCGGUCUGGCGUUGGCCAUUUCUCAGGCCUCUCACUUCCUCCAGCCUCCACCUCACCAGUCCAUCAUCAUAGAGCGCAUGCACUCAGGAGCGCGGCGGUUCGUGACGCUGGAUUUCGGACGUCCCGUGUUGCUGACCGACGCUCUGAUCCCCACGUGCGCUGACUUGGCGUCGCUGUCCAUCGACAUCUGGACUCUGGGUGAAGAGGUGGACGGACGCAGGCUGGUGGUGGCGACGGACAUCAGCACACACUCGCUCAUCCUCCACGACCUGCUGCCUCCACCUGUGUGCAGGUUCAUGAAGAUCACAGUGAUUGGGCGCUACGGGAGCACCAACGCACGCGCCAAGAUCCCGCUAGGGUUCUACUACGGCCACACGUACAUCCUGCCGUGGGAGAGCGAGCUGAAGCUGAUGAACGACCCGCUGAGGGCCGAGAGCGACACGUUCAGCCAGCCGGAGCUCGAGCAGCACCUCGCCAUGAUGGUGGCCCUGCAGGAGGACAUCCAGUGCAGGUACAAUCUGGCGUGUCACCGUUUAGAGACCCUGCUGCAGAACGUGGACGUUCCUCCGCUCAACAGCGCCAACAACGCUCAGUACUUCCUGCGUAAACCCGAUAAAGCUCUGGAAGAGGACUCGCGUGUGUUCUCCGCGUACCACGACUGCGCGCAGCUGCAGCUCCAGCUGAACCUGGCCGCGCAGGCUGUGCAGAGGCUGCGCGUGUCGCUGGGCUCCCCGCGCUUGCCCCGCCCACUCCGCUCUCCCGCAGCCAAUCAGCCGCUCACGCAGCUGGUGCAGCACGCCUCCACCGAACAGCUGCGCACCACCAUCCGCUACCUGCUGGACACGCUGCUCAGCCUGCUGCACGCCAACAACGGUCAGUGUGUGCCGGCCGUGUUGCGGAGUGUGUUCCAGGCGCAGGUGUGUGAGGAGCUCUUUAAGCAGCUGUGUAUCAGCGGCACUCCUCAGAUCAGACUGCACACCGGCCUGCUGCUCGUACAGCUGUGUGGAGCCGAGAGCUGGUGGGGUCAGUUCAUCUCCAACGUCCUGCAGGAGCUCUACAACUCCGAGCAGCUGCUCAUCUUCCCCCAGGACAGGGUGUUUAUGCUGCUGUCGUGUAUAGGACAGAGGUCUCUCAGUAACAGUGGUGUGUUAGAGGGGCUGCUGAACCUCCUCGACUCUCUACUGUCUCCUCUACAGCAGCCGUCUGCCUCACACCACCACCGCCGCACUGAGGGUGUGUUGGACAUCCCGAUGGUCAGCUGGGUGGUGAUGCUGGUGUCUCGGCUGUUGGACUACGUGGCCAGCGUUGAGGACGAAGCCUCGUCAGCCAAGAAACACCUCGGAGCCAAAGACAGAGAGAGAACCUUUACAGGUAAUCAGUGGAGUUUCAUCAACAACAGUCUGCAGUCUCACACUCCGAGCAGAUCCACUAAAGGGAACAGCAGUUUAGAUCGACUUUACUCACGCAAGAUACGCAAACAGCUGGUACACCACAAACAGCAGCUGAAUUUGCUGAAAGCGAAGCAGAAAGCUCUGGUGGAGCAGAUCGAGAAGGAGAAGAUCCAGAGCAACAAAGGCUCGUCCUACAAGCUGCUGGUGGAACAGGCCAAGCUGAAGCAAGCCACGUCGAAGCACUUUAAGGAUCUGAUCCGUUUGCGUCGGACGGCGGAGUGGCCCCGCUCCUCUUUGGACUCGGAUUCAUCCUCGUCCACGGUGAAGGAGACUCCGGAGGUGGAGCUGCUCCCGUUCACACUGUCUCACGAGCGCUGCAUCUGCGUGGUGCAGAAACUCGCCCUGUUCCUGCUGUCCAUGGACUUCACCUGCCACGCUGACCUGCUGCUGUUCGUCUGCAAGGUUCUAGCACGGAUAGCGAACGCCACACGACCCACAAUCCACCUGUGCGAGGUGGUGUCAGAGCAGCAGCUGGAGAGACUCCUGCUCCUAUUGGUGGGAACGGACUUCAACCGCGGUGACAUCAGCUGGGGCGGAGCCUGGGCGCAAUACUCACUCACCUGCAUGCUGCAGGACAUCCUCGCAGGAGAGUUGAUGUCUCCGGUGUGUGUGGAUGUGAUGGAGGAGGGUGCAGUAGGUGAUGAAGGUGGAGUCUCCUCCUCUUCCUCCUCCUCGGCGGUGGCGGUGUUGGACUCGGACGACUCUCUGGCUCCGCCCACUCCGCUCACGCUGGUGGAGACGAUCGACGAGCCGCUCGGCCCCGAUCUCAUCGCAGGUACUCCCGGGAGCUCGUCCGCUUUCCAAAGUGCUCCUCCACUGUCAUCUUUGGAAAAAGAUAAAGACAUAGACUUUGACUUGCUACAGGACCUGAUGGAUGUUGAUAUUGAUCCUUUAGAUAUUGAUUUGGAAAAAGAUCCGCUCGCCGCCAAAGUCUUUAAGCCCAUCAGCAGUACCUGGUAUGAUUAUUGGGGUGCUGAUUAUGGAACGUACAGUUAUAACCCCUACAUCGGGGGAGCAGGAAUCCCCGUGUCCAAACCUCCGGCUGCCGUGGAGAAACCGGGCUCUCAGAACCUCUCCGUCUCCGUCUCACAAGCUCUGGACGCUCGGUUGGAGGUGGGACUGGAGCAGCAGGCGGAGCUCAUGCUGAAGAUGAUGGCCACGCUGGAGGCUGAUGCUAUUCUGCAGGCUCUCACCUCUAACUUACCCACAGGUUCCCAGGCCGCUAACGGGACGGACGACUCUCUCCUGCGGGGGCUGCACGGAUCCCCCCCUGCUGGCAGCAUAAUGGUUCAGCCCUCCUCCAUCCCAAUGCUGAGUGCUUGCUUUAAUAAACUCUUCUCCAUGCUGCAGGUCCACCAUGUACAGCUGGAGUCUCUGCUCCAGCUGUGGCUCACUCUCAGUCUCAACUCGUCCUCCGGCUCAGAGGAAAGCGGCUCCGACAUCUUCCUCUUCAACUCCAGCCGAGUUCCCACGAUCCCCCUCAACCAAGCCUCUAUCAGUAGCUUUCUCUCCGUUCUGGCCUGGUAUCCCAACACCUCACUGCGUACGUGGUGUUUGGUGUUACACAGCCUCACUCUCAUGACCAACAUGCCGGCCAGCGCCUCUAACAGUGGUAUAGUGGUGCAUGAGAGCACGGCUCAGCAGAUGGUGUCGGACCCCACGCUGGUGCACGUGCUGGUGCGCUUCCUGUCAGGCAGUAACCCCCACGGGACGAGUCAGCACAGCUCACAGGUGGGUCCGACUGCGACGCAGGCCAUGCAGGAGUUCCUGACCCGGUUACAGGUCCACCUGUCCUCCACCUGUCCUCAGAUGUUCAGCGAGUUCCUGCUCAAACUAGUGCACAUCCUCUCCACCGAGCGGGGUCCGUUCCAUUCAGGACAGGGUCCGUUGGACGCUCAGGUGAAGCUUCUGGAGUUCACACUGGAGCAGAACUUCGAGGUCGUGUCCGUCACCACCAUCACAGCCGUGAUCGAGUCCAUCACCUUCCUGGUCCAUCACUACAUCACCUGCUCGGAGAAGGUGGUGUCCCGGAGCGGCUCGGACGGCUCCGUGUGCGCCCGCGCCUGUUUCGGAGGCCUUUUCGCUAACAUCAUCCGCCCGGGAGACGCCAAGGCGGCGUGCGGAGAGACCACGCGCGAUCAGCUGAUGUUCGACCUGCUCAAGCUGGUCAACGCUCUCGUCACCCUGCCGCUGUCCGGAGACAGAGAGUACAGCGGGCGCAUGCCCUCCAACAGCGUCUCCGACGAGGAGAAAGUCUGCGGUGGCGGAAAAGAGGGCGGAGCCUCGGGACACAUCCCCAAUCAGUGUCCGGCAAUGGGCGUGGCAGACCUGGUGCUGGCCAAUCAGCAGAUCAUGAGUCAGAUCCUUUCAGCUCUGGGGCAGUGCAACAGCAGCGCCAUGGCCAUGAUCAUCGGUGCUAGUGGACUCCACCUGACCAAGCAUGAGAAUUUCCACGGAGGUUUGGACGCCAUCUCUGUAGGCGACGGUCUGUUCACCAUCCUCACCACGCUGAGCAAGAGAGCCACGUCAGUGCAGGUCAUGCUGCAGCCCAUCCUCACCUACAUGGCCUGUGGCUACAUGGGCAGACAGGGUUCUCUCUCCACUUGUCAGCUCUCUGAGCCUCUGCUGUGGUUCAUCCUGAGAGUUCUGGACACCAGUGAGGCGCUUAAAGCCUUUCAUGACAUGGGCGGAGUACAGCUGAUCUGUAACAACAUGGUGACGAGUACACGGGCCAUCGUGAACACGGCGCGCAGCAUGGUCUCCACCAUCAUGAAGUUUCUAGACUCGGGGCCGGGGAAAGCAGCAGACGGCAGCCUGAAGGCCCGAGUCCUCGCCUCCGAGCCUGAGAACGCAGAGGGACUGCACAACUUCGCCCCUCUCGGCACCAUAACGUCGAGCAGCCCUACAGCUCAGCCUGCCGAGGUUCUGCUCCAGGCCACGCCUCCUCAUCGCCGCGCUCGAUCCGCCGCCUGGUCCUACAUCUUCCUCCCCGAGGAGGCGUGGUGUGACCUCACCAUCCACCUCCCCGCCGCCGUGCUGCUCAAAGAGCUCCACAUCCAACCACACCUCGCCUCUCUCGCCACGUGUCCGUCCUCGGUGUCGGUGGAGAUCAGUGCGGAUGGCGUGAACAUGCUCCCUCUGUCCACGCCCGUCGUCACGAGCGGACUCACCUACAUUAAAAUCCAGCUGGUGCGUGCGGAGGUGGCGUCGGCCGUGUGUGUGCGUCUGCACCGUCCUCGAGACGCCAGCACGCUCGGCUUGUCGCAGAUCAAACUGCUCGGCCUCACGGCGUUCGGCAGCACGUCCUCAGCCACGGUGAACAACCCCUUCCUGCCUUCUGAGGACCAGGUCUCCAAAACCAGUAUCGGCUGGCUGCGUCUGCUGCACCACUGCGUGACUCACGUCUCUGAUCUGGAGGCGAUGAUGGCGAGCGCGGCUGCGCAGACGGCUAACCUGCUGCAGACGUGCGCGGCGCUGCUCAUGUCUCCGUACUGCGGUAUGCACUCGCCCAACAUCGAGGCUGUGCUGGUGAAAAUCGGCCUCCAGUCCACACGCAUCGGCCUCAAACUCAUCCACAUCCUGCUGCGGAACUGCGCCGCCUCCGGCACCGACCUCGCCAAUCUGAACAGUCCGCUGUUGUUCGGGAGGCUGAACGGUCUCUCCUCAGACUCCACUAUAGACAUCCUGUACCAGCUCGGUACCACACAGGACCCGGGUACCAAGGACAGGAUCCAGGCUCUGUUGCAGUGGGUGUACGACUCGUCUCGCGUAGCGGCGCUGAAACAGAACUGUCCGUCGGGCAUCAUGGGUCCGGCCGCGUCCCAAUCCCGCGAGUACGGCCUCCUCAUGCCCUCGCCCUCACACCUGCACUGCGUGGCCGCCAUCUUGUGGCACAGUUACGAGCUUCCCGUGGACUACGACCUUCCAGCGCUGCUCAGCCGAGAGCUGUUCGAGUUGCUGUAUAACUGGUCGAUGGCGUUGCCGUGUAACAUGGUGCUGAAGAAGGCGGUGGACAGUCUGCUGUGCUCCAUGUGCCACAUCCACCCCAGCUACUUCUCCCUGCUCAUGUCCUGGAUGGGGCUGAGCGCUCCGGCCAUGACGGAUGACGGAAAGAAGCAGCACGAGCUCAACAGCGCCGCCUCUCUGACCGACGACUCCAAACUCCUCCCUCCCGUUCCCGUUUCUCUCACCGAGUGCCAGCUGGCGACGUUAGCCUCGGCGUCUCAGUCCCCCGGCGCCAUCCAGCAGCUUCUCGACUCGGGGCUUCCUGCUCUGCUCGUGCGCAGCCUGGCUAAUUUCUGCUGCCAGCUCCUAGCCCACGCCGACCUCCCCAUGCCCGCGUGGCACUCGGAGCGCCGCCAUCACAACCACUCGUCUUCUGCGCCAUCGCUCUCGCCGGAUUUAGCGGCUCCCGUUCUGCGGUUCCUCACCGAGGUCGGGAACAGCCACGCCAUGAAGGACUGGCUGGGAGGACCUGACGUCAAUCCGCUCUGGACCUCGCUGCUCUUCCUGUUGUGCCAUUCCAGCGCCAGCGGCACGGCCAACGGAGCCAACGCCCACCAUGCUGCGGGGACGAGAUCUUAUUCGCUGGCGUCCCACGGGGGGCGGGGCAACGGGCUCAGCACGCAGCAGAGGACGGCUAUAGAGAACGCCACAGUGGCAUUCUUCCUGCAGUGUAUCUCCUGCCAUCCCAGCAAUCAGAGACUCAUGGCUCAGGUUCUGUGUGAGCUGUUCCAGUCGGCUCCUCAGAGAGGGAACGUUCCCAUGUCGGGGAAUAUCUCCGGAUUCAUACGCAGACUCUUCCUGCAGCUCAUGCUCGAGGAUGAGAAGGUUACAGUCUUCCUGCAGUCUCCCUGUCCGCUGUAUAAAGGGAGGAUAAACGCCACGAGUCAUGUGAUCCAGCACCCCAUGUACGGAGCCGGACACAAGUUCCGCAAACUCCAUCUGCCCAUUUCCACCACGCUGGCUGAAGUGCUGGACCGUGUCUCUGACACGCCGAGCAUCACGGCCAAGCUGCUGAACGAGCAGAAAGAGGACAAAGAGAAGAAGAACCACGAGGAGAAGGAGAAGAUGAAGGCUGACAACGGGUUCCAGGAUAACUACAGCGUCGUGGUGGCUUCAGGUCUGAAGUCUCAGUCGAAGCGCGCUCUGUCCACGCCCCCUCGUCCUCCGUCUCGGAGAGGUCGCGUGCUCAGCGAUAAACUGGCCUCGUCUUCAGGAGUCGAAUCGUCCAGCAAGACCAUCAGCGUCCCUGUGUUCCACCUCUACCAUAAACUCCUGCCAGGUCAGCCGUUGCCGGGGGAGAUGACCUUGGCCCAGCUCUUGACCUUGCUGUACGAACGUAAACUUCCUCAAGGCUACCGCUCCAUCGACCUCACCGUCAAACUGGGGUCAAAGGUCAUCUCCGACUCAGGGCUUUCUAAGACGGACUCCUUCAAGCGGCUUCGCACAGAGAAAGAGCACUGUGACAUGCUGAGCAGCUGUGUGGAGGAUGAAAUGAUGACUCCGGUGGAUGAGUGUUUAGACGCAGCGAUCGAUGAGUCUCUGUUGGAGACGAGCCCCAUUCAGUCUCCGCUGCAGGUGUUUGCAGGUAUGGGUGGUCUCGCUCUCAUCGCUGAGAGACUGCCCAUGCUGUACCCUGACGUUAUUCAGCAGGUCAGCACUCCUGUGGUAGCCUCGUCCUCUCAGGAGAAGCCGAAGGACAGCGAGCAGUUUGAGUGGGUGACCAUCGAGCAGUCGGGUGAGCUGGUGUACGAGGCGCCCGAGAGCGUCGCCACGGAGCCACAGCCAAUCAAAUCCUCCGUCCAGACCACCUCCCCUAUCCCCGCCCACUCUCUGGCCGCCUUCGGGCUGUUCCUGCGUCUGCCGGGAUACGCCGAGGUCCUGCUGAAGGAGAGGAAACACGCACAGUGCCUGCUCAGGCUGGUGUUGGGGGUCACGGACGACGGCGAGGGCAGUCAUAUCCUGCAGUCUCCGUCGGCGAAUGUUCUCCCCACUCUGCCGUUUUUGGUUCUGCGUUCUCUCUUCAGUUCCACGCCUCUCACCACAGAUGACGGUGUGCUGCUGCGCCGCAUGGCUCUGGAGAUCGGAGCUGUUCACCUCAUCCUCGCCUGUUUAUCAGCUCUGAGUCACCACGCUCCCCGAGUCCCCUCCUCCAACUCCAACCACUCAGAGCCGCAGGUGUCCAGUGGGCAGGGUGUGGUGAGUGCUGAUGAUCAGCAGCUGUACUGGGCGAAGGGAACCGGGUUCGGUACCGGAUCCACAGCGUCAGGCUGGGACGUGGAACAGGCGCUCAACAAACAGAGACUGGAGGAGGAGCAUGUCACCUGUCUGCUGCAGGUGUUAGCGAGCUACAUUAACCCGGCGGGGUGUGUGUGUUCGGGUGAUUCGGGGUUGGUGGAUGGUGGGAGUCACAGCAGCGCCGCUCUGCCCCCCGUCCUGCAGGAGCUCCUCAGUCAGUCCUGUCUCAUCCCCGCCAUGUCGUCCUACCUGCGCAACGACUCCGUGCUGGACAUGGCCCGUCACGUCCCUCUGUACCGCGCUCUGUUGGAGCUCCUGCGUGCUCUGUCGUCCUGCUCCUCUCUCGUUCCUCUGCUGCUCCCUCUCUCCACCUCCACCACUGAGGAAGAGGAGGAGGAGGAGCCUAACGCUCAGAGCCACACCUCCGUCAGCACGCUAUUGGCCAAGAUGAAGACCUGCGUCGACACCUACACCAACCGCCUCAGGUCAAAGAAAGAUAAGAGUAAAGGAGUGAUGAAGGCGGAGCCGUCUGAUCCGGAGCCUGAAGGUCUGACUCUGCUCGUUCCCGACAUCCAGAAAACAGCCGAGAUCGUGUACGCUGCUACGACCAGCCUGCGCCAGGCUAAUCACGAGCGGAAGUUGGCGGAGUGCUCGAGAAAGACGGCAGCGAGACCGAAGCCUCUGUCCAACCUGCGCUCUCUGGAGGAGAAAUACGUCGCUGCCAUGAAGAAACUGCAGUUCGACACAUUCGAGAUGGUGUGUGAGGAUGAGGACGGGAAGUUGGUGUUUAAGGUGAACUACCAUUACCUGUCUCAGGUGAAGAACGCUAGUGAUGCUAACAGCGCAGCACGGGCACGAAGACUCGCCCAGGAGGCUGUCACUCUGUCCACCUCCCUCCCCCUGUCCUCCUCCUCAAGUGUGUUUGUUCGCUGUGAUGAGGAACGCCUCGACAUCAUGAAGGUGUUGAUUACAGGCCCAGCAGACACUCCGUAUGCGAAUGGCUGCUUUGAGUUUGACGUGUAUUUUCCUCAGGAUUAUCCGAACUCCCCUCCUCUAGUCAACCUGGAGACGACGGGAGGCCACAGUGUGCGCUUCAACCCAAACCUCUACAACGACGGCAAGGUGUGUUUAAGUAUCCUGAACACGUGGCACGGACGCCCGGAGGAGAAGUGGAACCCGCAAACGUCUAGCUUUUUACAGGUGCUGGUGUCGGUGCAGUCUUUGAUCCUGGUGUGUGAGCCGUACUUUAACGAGCCGGGGUACGAGCGAUCGCGUGGGACGCCCAGCGGCACUCAGAGCUCCAGAGAGUACGACGGAAACAUCCGGCAAGCUACGGUCAAAUGGGCCAUGCUGGAACAGAUCCGCAACCCGUCACCUUGCUUUAAAGAGGUGAUCCAUAAGCACUUUUACCUGAAGCGAGCUGAGAUCAUGGCGCAGUGUGAGGAGUGGAUCUCCGACAUCCAGCAGUACAGCAGCGAUAAGAGAGUGGGACGAACCAUGUCUCACCACGCAGCCGCACUCAAGCGACACACGGCCCAGUUGAGGGAGGAGCUUCUGAAGCUGCCCUGUCCGGACGGCCUGGAGCCCGAUGGGGAGGAGUUUUCUGAGAAGAGCUCCGCCCUCUCUAAGGAUCUCCCCAAUCAGGAGGCGGAAAAGCAGAGCGACGCCCAAUGUCAAGACUCCCAGUGCAGCGAUGGACAGCUUUAAGCCCCGCCUACUCUGAUUAAAGCCCCGCCCUCUUAAGACUGUCCCUUGGAAUCGAUUACAGACUCGAGAGCUUCAGAGACGAAGCCUCACUUUGUCCAUAUUUGUAUGUAAGAAUUUAAUUAUGUAACAGCAACAAGUACGAAACGUAAAAAACCCAGCGCGAAACUCGUGAACAAUGCCACGCCCAUUAAUCGAACAGAGGACGAAAAACACAACUUGUAAAAGAGUGUACACUUCUUUCCUUUUUUUUUUUUUCUCCCAAUUGUGAAAUAACCACUGAUUGAAAUGUUAUUAAACUUGUUUAUGUAAACAUGA